ACGGGAGCAGCCGACACAGGAAGAGCUCCCGUCCAGCAGGGGGCAGCGUCGCAUCAUUAGCACACAACGCGUGAAGAAGCGGUGCUACCAAACUAGCCUGUUAGCUUCAUCAUGGCGGAGUUGAACCGGCAGCUUCAGGAGUAUCUGGCUCAGUCCAAGUCCGGCGGCAGUAAAACUGGCUCACAGCAGCUCAGCACCGCGGUGGACGUGGAGGAACCGCAGUCGAGCUCUGCGCCCGGCAGCUGGUCGAGCCCCGGCACGGCCACACCUAGCCUCGGCGGCGGCUUUUCCUGGCCCUGGGUGUCCGAGCCGGACCCCUGCCUGCCGGGCCUGAGCAGGCGCCAGCGGUUGGCAGCCUGCGGUGUGUGCGCGGCCUUCUCGGCCCUGUGCUUCGGCCUGUCGGCUCUCUACGCGCCGCUGCUGCUGCUCUACGCGCGGAAGUUCGCGCUGCUCUGGUCGCUUGGCUCGCUGUUCGCCGUGGCGGCGGCGGCGGCGCUGCGCGGCCCCGGCAGGCUGCUAGCCGCCGGCCUGUCGCCCGGGGCCGCUGCCUACCUGGCCGCGCUGGGCGGGACUCUGUACGCGGCGCUCCGCCUCCGCAGCACCGCGCUCACCGCGCUCGGAGCCGCGCUGCAGGUCGCCGUCAUCGGCUUCUACGUGGUGUCGCUGCUGCCCGGAGGCAGCGCCGGGAUCCGGUUCCUCGGAGGCCUGGCGGCGGCCGCCGUCAAACGGACCAUCAGCGGGAAAACAGUGUCCAUCUGAGACGGACCGGCGGGGGCCAAGGUGCGGACCGCGGGCCUCCAAGGGACGGUCCAAUAAUCACUUCCGAACUGUGCUGAAGGUUCCCUGGACGUUUUUGGACUUUUGUUGGUGUUAAUUUUCUAAAUAACGGAGUUAUUUACGUACUGAAAGUGUCUCUCUUUAAAACCUGAUUUUUUUUUUAUGCUGCAUUUGAGACUCAGGGAAGAAGGGUGGAGUCGUGGGCGGAGUCUACACUUCACAGGUUUGAUGGACAAGUGCAAUUUGUGGACCAUAAGGUUGAAAAUGGUGUAACAGUGACACCUAGCGACAAAAAGUGGACUCGCACCUGUUAAGCCUUGCUGACUUCUUUGUCAGUUUAUUUGCAUUUUGACAUUUAUUAAAGUUAUCAUUAUUUGAAUAAG